GGUCUGUGCAAGACAGCACUUCACGUCGGGUCUGUCACUGAUGGAUGGAUGGAGGUUCAAAGCAUGAGCUGGACAUAGGGACAAGAAUGUCGGCCUUUCAGAACUUGGGAUUUUGGCAGCAGGGCAGACGAAUCGUUCUCAAAUCUUGUUUUCAAACAGCUUCCCGAAAGACCUGCAGCUCUCUGUUACGGAAAGAUUCCGGCCCCGCCACGUUCGGCGGCAUAACGUCAACUGCUGCUAGCGGCCGUACCAAUGCACCGACCUCCCAACUACGAGCCUUCGACGAACGCCUUUUUGGUUACUUUUCAAGCCAUACCAACGACAUCAGCAUUCAACUUCUUAUCCUACGAACAAGACGUAAAAGAAGGUCCAGUAGUCCAUUGACACGUCCGUGAAAGUCGCCAAGAUGGGCGACCAUGAGCACGCUACAAUCAAGCAUCAGGACCAUCUUCUCCUCGAUCAACCCCUCCUCCGCCUCCCGUACGAGCUCCUUCGAAAGAAUUUCCGAUCCGCCCACUUUACCGUCGAGAAGGACUCUUCGGCCAUCAAGACCUUGCUCAAGGAGACCGCCACGGCCUCGGUCAAGGGCAACUCAUCACCUGACGAUGUCCUCCGUAACCUCGAUAGCAUGAUCGCCCGCAUGCGCGGCGUCAAGCGCAAGCUCACUGCUCACGCCGAGGAAGAGGCCCGUCUGACCCGUCAAACCGGUGCCCGCAUUUCCCAUCUCGGCGAUCUCUACGGCAUGCACUCCGUCGACGACGUUAAAUACGAGGCCUGGAGCCGCGCCCGCCUCGACCGCUUGCUCGUCGACUACCUGCUUCGUCAUGGCUACAACGAAAGCGCCCAGGCACUCACCACCGAGCGCAACAUGGAUGACUUGGUUGACGUCGAGACAUUCGUUCAGAUGAGUCGAAUUCAAGAAUCUCUCAGGGGAGGAAGUGUUGUCGAGGCGCUGGCUUGGUGCCAGGAUAACAAGAAGGAGCUUCGCAAGAUGGAUAGUAAUCUCGAAUUCAUGCUCCGCUUCCAGCAGUAUAUCGAGCUCGUCCGCACCCAAUCCCAGCCAAAGCUCCUCGAGGCCAUCGCCCACGCGAAGAAAUAUCUUGUUCCUUUCAAGGCGACAUAUCCGGACGAGCUUCGCAAGGCCUUUGGCUUACUUGCUUAUCCACCGACGGCUGCCAAUGCCGUGUACUCAGACCUCUACAGCCCAGAUCGAUGGAACACCCUCGCCGACCUAUUCACCCGCACCCACAAUAGUCUGUUGGCUCUGCCUUCAUAUCCCCUCCUCCACAUCGCUCUCUCAUCAGGGCUUUCGGCCCUCAAGACCCCAGCCUGCCAUUCUCUGAACUCAUCGCACGUCGCCGCCGACGCCAACACGGCAACAAAUGCCUCUGCUACAGCAGGCACGCAGUCCGUUUGUCCAAUAUGCUCAACAGAGCUCAAUGAUCUUGCCCGCAACGUUCCCUACGCGCAUCACACCAAGAGUUACGUCGAGCAUGACCUGCUGCUAUUGCCGAAUAGUCGGGCGUAUGGCAAGGAACGCCUCGAGGAUUACGCAAAGAAGUCUGGAUUGCCACCAGACCAGGUCAAGGAUUUGCGCACCGGCGAGGUCUACCCUAUGGACAAGCUUAAGAAAGUGUUCAUCACAUAGUUCUUGGCACGGUGCAUGUGAUGAUUCGUCAGGCAAGGCCGAUUUACCAAGGUUUUCUUACUCGGUGGGCACAUCCCACACAGCGUCAAAGAUUGAAAGCAUUUUGAAUAUCGGAGC